AUGUCGUCAACCAACGGCGCGCCAGAAGCCCAUGCGGGGUCCCAUCCCGUCAAGAAGCAGCUCAUCUUGAACGCCUUCGUCGAGACAUGCUCAGGGCACCAGUCGCCUGGACUGUGGAGGCAUCCCGCAGACAAGUCGCAUGAAUUCAGCAAGCUGUCCCAUUGGGCCGAGCUCGCUCAGCUCCUGGAGCGUGGCAAGAUCCACGGCAUCUUCAUCGCUGAUGUGCUGGGAGGCUACGACGUGUACCGGCAGUCGCUCGACCCAGCCAUCCGCUCCGGCGCGCAGUGGCCAGUGCAUGAGCCGCUGGCGUCCAUCCCGGCCAUGGCAGCCGUGACCAAGUCCAUCGGGUUCGGAGUGACCGUGUCGACGACAUACGAGCAGCCGUAUCACCUGGCCCGGCGGUUGUCGACGCUUGACCACCUGACCGAGGGCCGCCUGGGAUGGAACAUCGUGACAUCGUACCUGGACUCGGCGGCGCGGAACAUGGGGCUGGUGGCGCAGCCGCAGCACGACGACCGCUACGCCAUGGCCGAGGAGUACAUCCAGGUCAUGUACAAGCUGUUCGAGUCGUCGUGGCGGGACGACGCCGUGAAACUCGACCGCGCCACCGGCGUGUACACAGACCCGGCGCUGGUGCGGGAGAUCAACCACCGCGGCAAAUUUUUCACGGUGCCGGGCCCACACAUCUGCUCGCCGUCGCCACAGCGCACGCCGCUGUUACUCCAGGCAGGGACGAGCUCCAAAGGCAAGGAGUUCGCGGCGCAGCACGCCGAGGCCAUCUUCGUGUCGACGCACGCGCCCGAGGCGUGCAAGGCUAGUAUCGCCGACGUGCGGCGCCUAGCCCAGGACAAGUUCGGCCGCGACCCCAAGAGCAUCAAGGUGCUGGCGCUGGUGACGCCGAUCCUGGGCCGCACCGAGGAGGAGGCGCAGGCCAAGUAUGCCGACUACAAGCAGUACGCGGACCUGGAGGGGGCGCUGGCGCUGUUUGGCGGGUGGACGGGGAUCGACCUGGAGCGGUACGGCGAGGGCGAGGAGCUGCGGUACGUGGAGAGCAACGCCGUGCGGGCCACGGUCGAGAGCUACGCGCGCUUCAGCCCCGGCGUGGGCGUCUGGACGCGCCAGACCAUCGCCGAGCACGUCAGCAUCGGCGGCAACGGGCCCGUGCUGGUCGGCACCCCGUCCCAGGUCGCAGACUCCUUACAGACGUGGGUCGACGUCGCGGACGUCGACGGCUUCAACAUCGCCUACGCUGUCUUCCCCGCCAGCUUCGACGACCUUGUCGACCUGCUUGUUCCCGAGCUGCAAGCCCGCGGCCUCUUCUGGGGAGACUACGCCGUCCCCGGCGCAACGUACCGCGAGAACUUUUACGGAGUGCCCGGCCAGACGGGGCCACGGGACGAGCACGUCGCGAGCAGGUAUCGGUGGAGAGAAGGUGUCGAUGCCAAAGACCACGAGAUUCCGGCUUAG